GUAGAAGUUUCUGCGUCGAAAUUUCCCAAAUAUGACGGGAAAAUCAAGGAAGCGGAAUUCAAAUGUCAAACUUGAGGAACGAAAUCCACCCAUUUCCAAAAAAACAAAGGACUCCCAAAGUGGGGCGUCACUACUCGGAUGUUUAAAUUCCGAACAAAUACAGGAGCGUAUUUCACUGAUUGAUCAAGGAUUUUAUCUCAAAUGUCCCCCAGAUUUUUUUAGUUUUUAUGAGUUUUGUAAAACUCUUAGCAACGAUGCACCACUUGAUGCACUGUCUGAGAUUGGCUUUCGUUUGGUUGGACCAUUUGAAAUUCUUCAUUAUGGAUCUAAAGAUCAGGUAAAGAAAGGACAGUGGUCUAAUCACUACCGCUUUUAUCAUGAUCCACCUGAGUUUGUGACUGUGGUUGUGUGUAGUAAUGACCAGUCUCAUAUAGGCUAUUUCAGAGAUUCAUAUGAAUCUACCCCCUUCGUCGCCAAGUCAACAACUACAAUCAGUGGAGUAAUUGAGUAUUGUGGUCAAAAUCUGUUUGCUUUUCUGAGAACUGAACUUGGCCGAAAAACAUCUUGUCAUACUAGUCAUUUGUUGGAAAGUUUCAAUGAGUUUGUAUCCGCUAAGAAUAUUCUAAUUGAUGAUUCCUCCUCAUUUAUGGAGCAUAGGAAGAAACAUCAAGUUUGUGCCACAAUAAACAGUAUAGGCCUGAUGAUUGAUGUAUCUGAACGUGACCUUGGCUAUCGUCCUAUAAGUGUUUCUUACUCUGAACUAAACUCCAGAUUGAACAGCAUCAUCAAUGCAAAUUCGAAAGAGGCACAACUAGCUAAAUUUAUUCUACUUGAUGAAUUGAUUACUUAUGCCAACUUUGCCAAUGAUGAAGGAGAUUUCGGACAGGGUUUAGAGUUGGGUUUAUCUCUAUUGGCGUUCCACCCAAAAGGUCGACCACUAAAAUCAGCGGACGUACUCAAUAAUAAAAUCAAACAUUUACUGUCUGUUGGCUAUAAAUCAGCUAAGAAAACCGAAUUCAGUCAAGUUAUUGAAGCUCACAUGGACGACAGGCGUAUUGAACCGUUAACCUUUACUGAAACUUCUUAG